CUGGUAUCCUUUUCCUUUCCCUGCAUAUUGCAUAACAAAAAACUCUUUCCUCCUCACACUAUAUAGGAUUUCUACUAGUGCAUCGUUUAAAUACAAGCUCAAAAGCUGCAAAAUUCUUCAAGAAUUUGAUGGCAAGUGGCAGUCUUGAUGGCAGUGGUGGUGGUGGUGGAGGGGUUUCUGGUGAUGGUUCGACAACUGGAUCGAUGUCGACUGUGUCAAAAGAAGACAACUUGGUCCUAUUAUCAUCUGAGGUUUCUUCAUCGUCGUACCCAGAUGAGUCCGAACUUGAGUUGGGUCUUGGGCUGAGUCUUGGUUGCGGCGGAGGAGCUGCUGCUCUCAAGUCCUCCAAGCCGGGUUCUUGGGGGGUUCACGGAGGAAGGAUUUUGACUGUUCAAGAUUUUCCCCCCUGUGUGGUUUCUAAUGCUUCCUCAUCAUCUUCAUCUUCUUCUCCGACUAAACCUAAUAAUGCUUCCUGCGGUACCAAAAGAAGUGCUGAUUCCUUUUCACCUCCUCGUUCUGGGGUCAGCAGUCAGGUUGUCGGAUGGCCCCCUGUAAGGACUUACAGAAUGAACAGCCUGGUUAACCAGACAAAAUUACCAACUUCUGAGGACUGCAACUCAACCAUUGUGAAAAGUAAAAGCAAGAGUAUUGUCCUGGACAAGAUCGAUGGUAACAUGAGCAGGAACAAGAAUGCAAAGCCAAAAGUUUUUCCCAAGAAUACCCUAUUUGUAAAGGUGAAUAUGGAUGGAGUUCCAAUUGGAAGGAAAGUAGAUUUGAAUGCUCAUAAUUCUUACGAGGACUUAGCUCAGACACUGGAUGACAUGUUCUGCAGAACGAGCACGACUGUCAGUGCAAGAAUAUCAUACACAGAGGAGAAUGGUGGAAUGAGAGAAGCGACAGAAUCCUUAAGAUUGUUGAAUGGAUCACCUGAAUUUGUUCUAACCUAUGAAGACAGGGAUGGAGAUUGGAUGCUUGUUGGAGACGUUCCUUGGGAGAUGUUUAUUAGCUCUGUGAAGAGGCUUAGAAUUAUGAGAAGAUCUGAGGCCAAUGGACUUGGUUUUCAAGAACAAAAUGAGAGACAGAGAUCUAAGCCCAUAUGGACAUAGCUGCCUACUUUGAGCAGUGGAAAAACUGAUCAAUGAUGAAUAUGUUCAGAUAUUGGAUGGGCAAAGCAUUUUUCACUGAUAAUCAUAUUGGUGGUUUGUGGCUUUGCUGGUUUGUUUUGCUGGCUUCAUCGUUUCAUUUCCAACCAAUCAUUUUACCGACUCCCUGGAAGAGGAGCCGUUUUGUCUGCAAAAUACAAGCACAUCCUAGUUAUUUGUCAUGUCCUCUGGCAUACUUUAUGGAAGUUGCCUUCGGGUAUUGUAAGUAUCGAAGUGCCCAGUGGAUUGAAGUUUUGAUCUCGCCGCACAAGGAAAUGUAUAAUCUCACCUUGUGAAAUUAAAGAAGAGUUUGGGUAGACCUUUGUAAUUGAAAAUGUUUGUUACAUAAUUUUGCUUCUCAUUCAUGUUUGUGUGCGGGCGCCUACCAACUGGUGGUGGUGGUGAUGGAUUUUUGUUACUUCUUAUUUUGGUUCAACGGGAAUGGAUUUUUUUGGGUUGUGAUUGAUCAAUU